AUGUACACAUCCCACGACCAUCCAUUUACAGAAAGCAUUAUCCGGGUACCAUUGUCUGACAAGUACAAACCUCCCCCCAUUUCGCUGUACAACGGAAGGAGUGAUCCGGAUGAUCACUUAGAAGUCUACACAGGGCAUAUGGUCCUGCAUGGGUACCCCGAGGAGGUUAUGUGCCGAGCCUUCAGGAAUCAUCUUUCUGAUUCCGCCAGGAGAUGGUUUAGGUCCCUGAAGCCAAAUUCUAUUACUAGCUGGGACGAUUUAAAGAACGCCUUCCUGACUCAGUUCAUAAGUGUCAAAAAAUACAUCAAACCUAAACAAAACCUGUCAAGGGUGUACCAGGGGCCUAAUGAAUCCCUGAAGGACUGGAUAGCCCGAUUUGGGGAACAUGUGGCCGCUACUGAGGAAAUCUCUGACGAGGUAGCCUUAAUGGGGGCACUGUCGAGCAUGAAAAAGGACAUCCCCUACAGUACAGACCUCGAUCUGAGGCCACCCCACACCUACCAGGAAUUCCUGACAAGGGCGCAGGGGUUCAUCAACGCCGAUGAGGCUAAGAAGGCCUUGAAGAACAAAGCGGCGGCCCCUGCCAAGGAAGAGGUAGGGCAUAUGAGCAAUCAAAACAACGGUAAGAAGCGCCGAGGUAAUCCUCAUGUGCAAGCUGAGCAGAGGUACAACCCGGCUCUAAACAACAGGGGUGGCAACGCCUCGAUGAGCCAGGGGGAUAAUAAGUGA